GGGUGGGGGCGGAGCUAUCUACGUCCAGUGGAUCUGCAGCGGAUCUCGCGGUGGGCCCUCCAGCGACACUAAACCGGAAACGCACGAUGUAAAUAUUAACACUUGAGCUAAAGUUCAGGAUCACUCUGUCGGUUUCAGGGUGGAAACAUGUUUUGAAAGAACGCACGCGGGGAAACUCGAAGUAAACGGUCCGUGUCAGCGUGCUGCCUCGCGGGAGAGCUGUUACAAAGAUGCCUGAAGUACGGGAUCUGACUGAAGCUUUGCCUGAGAUGCCAAUGGACCCAAUCACUGGUGUUGGAGUAGUAGCCUCCAGAAACAGAGCUCCAACUGGAUAUGAUGUAGUUUCCACGACGACAGAUGGCAUUGACGCUGACCUGUGGAAAGAUGGCCUCUUCAAAUCUAAAGUGACCCGUUACCUUUGCUUCACACGAGUCUUUUCCAAAGAAAAUAGUCAUUUAGGGAAUGUCUUAGUGGACAUGAAGCUCAUUGAUAUAAAGGACACCUUACCUGUGGGAUUCAUCCCAAUCCAGGAAACGGUGGACACCCAGGAGCAAGCCUUCAGGAAGAGGCGACUCUGCAUCAAGUUCAUUCCAAGGGAUUCCACAGAGGCAGCGAUUUGUGACAUCCGUAUCCUCGGGCGCUCCAAGCAGGCACCUCCUCAGUAUACCUUUAUUGGGGAGCUUAACAGCAUGGGAAUCUGGUAUCGCAUGGGGAAUGUCCCCCAUGCUCAGGACUCUGCUGUCCCGCCACCCACCAACACCAUUCAAAAUGUGAACAACUCCACCCCUGCUCCUGUUCCAGCAGCUCCUAUACCCAAGCAUAUUUCCAUGACCCUGCCUGCCAGCUUCAGAGGGAAGAACACCACCAGACCGGAUUAUGAGCACCAGAACUCCAACCUCUAUGCCAUCUCAGCGAUGGAUGGAGUUCCCUUCAUGAUCUCUGAGAAGUUUGCCUGUUCUUCUUCUGAUCUGCAGCAGGUGGACCUGAUGGGCAUUACGAUCAAGUCUUUGGCUGACAUCGAGAAAGAGUACGACUACAGCUUCCGUACGGAGCACAGCGCCGCCGCUCGCCUUCCCCCAAGUCCAACACGGACCCCCCUGAGCUCAGAGGCUUGAGCCCGCCUCCUGCAGCCUUCCAAACGGAAGUCGGCUGCCGCGAUGACCUGAACCCAACUACUGAGACCCAGCCACGUCCUGCAGCACGGACACGACACCGUUCACCACAAUGAAACUACGGGAGUUGACGAAAAGCCAGCAGGAGCGAGUGCAUCCUUCUGUGGAACCUGUGGUCUCGCUGUCCUCCUGCUUUUUUAUAUGUAAACAGGAAACAUUCUAACCAAGAAGGUCACCGUAAAAUCAUCACAACUCAUCUCUGAGACAGAGCUGCCCGAUGUUGGCGCAGAAGCUUCUAGAGAACGGCAUUUCAAGCUUUAUGAAGCAUCGCAGUGUGUGUGCCAGGAGACACACUGAACGACACUCCAAACAACCUCCCCUCUGAGUCUUGGCUGCAGGAAGUCAGCUCAGUUGUUGGAAAAGAGGGAAAAAACCAUCAAAUCCAGCCUGGGUUUGUUCCUGCUCGUGUUUUUGGCGUGUGUCCCUCCUCUUACUGUAACACACUGGGAACAUUUCAGUUAGUUUUCUUUUUGGGACUGAAUGUGCUUCCUGUUGCCCCUGGCCAAUCAGAGAACUGCUUCUUAAACGCUGUUUGUGUUUGAGCCACUAACUCGAGUCAACCACUAUUAGAUUUUACUCACAGAUUUCAGUGUAGCUUCACACUGUACACACUAAUGCAGGAAUCUGAGCUGGAUUUUAACCUGAGAUGUCUGGUAGUGACUCGAGCAAAAGGCAUUCUGUUUCCAAUACCUCCAUCUGAAAAAAGGGAAUUAAAAAAAAAAAACCAAGAAACCCAGAUGUUCCUGUUACAAGAAUGUUUAGUUCAUCCCACCUUUGGUUGAGGUGGAUGCUUUACGAAAGCGCUUGGACAAACCCAGUCCACACUAAAACGUCUUUAAAAGGAAAAAAAAUACAUUUUUUUUGUUUGUUUGUUUGUUCCUGAGAGUCUGAUUUUUAAAAAGUGGCAUAAAAAUCAGUUUCUUUUAUAUUGUUACCACUCCGUACUAACUGCCAGCAAAAUGAUAAGUUACAGAUAUUUAACUUUUAUGGUUUUUAACCUUAGAAACUGUCCUGAUAAAUAUGUCAUCUGAUAGUAACUUAAGUAACAAUCCAUCUGUAAAUAUAGUCACAAUAUUUGAAAACCAGAUCAUUAGCUGGUUUCAGGCACAAAGGUAAGUAUGGAAUUUUAAACUGGAUUCUGUCUCCUAAAGCACACCUUGUUCAUGCUGGGAAAACGUUCAGACAUUAUGGGGUAAUGGUUGGAGAGGAACAGUUUUUAUCAGGAUGUAAAGAAAUCCAUGACACUGUUGGAGUUUGUGAUAGAAAUGCCCUAGAGUUCAUGUGGGCUUUUGAAAAGCUGCUGCUAGUGUUUGUAGUUCUGCCAUUUUUGUAGUUUGUAACCAUCGGGAGAUGCUUUUCUUUUCUUGCAACUGAAGGACUCGUCUGUUACCAUCCAUGUCUACCUGCAGCGUCACGUUUCCAGGAGUUUGAGCGGCCGGCUUCUCUACCGACAGAUUCCCGUCAGAUACAGCUCUCCUGUCGUCUCUGACAGAAUCUCUCCAGGAACGGUUGGAAACAUUUCUGGACUUUAGUGUCCAUAGUCAUGAUAAUCCUCUAAACUAGUAGGUGUUAAGCUCUGUCCAGUGCAGUGGUGUUCAUCUCCGCCUGUCCAUUCAAUGAUCACUUCAAGAUGUCGCUCCAGCUCGAGACGUUUGCCUUCAUUGGUCUAAACGACUUCAGACUGUUACAGAUCACGUGCAGAAGCUCUGCAUACAUAUUUAACAUGUUCAUUUAUUCUUUUUACUUCACGUUUGUCUAAUUUAUUAGUUCCAUGUGGUGACAGUGUUGCUAUAAAGCUGUUGUCAUAAAUGUGUAGAAGUAUUGGUUGCACUGCGAACAUAAAGCGGGUGAGGUGAUGAGUGUCAUCUGCUUGCUCCGUGCUCAGCUGCAUCUUUGGGAAAUCACUUCCUGUUGUUUCUGACUAAACAUUUACCAGCUGACUAAUAAAUACUCAAAAACA